CGGAGGGAGAGGCGCGAGGAGGAUGCAGAGCCCGGCCAGCGGCGGCAGCUGACCCCGGGGGGGGAGCCCGGCCAUGGCCUUCCUGGGGGGGCCCCGGCUCCUGGACUGGGCCAGCUCCCCCCCUCACCUGCAAUUCAACCGCUUCGUGCUGACGGGCUACCGGCCGGUCAGCUCCGGGUCCGGCUGCCUCCGCAGCCUCUUCUACCUGCACAACGAACUGGGCAACAUUUACACCCACGGUAUCCCUCUUCUGGGCUUUCUCUUCCUGAUGCCCUUGACCAUUCCAUGGACCCGAAUCUCCGUAGCAUGGCUAGGAAUAGCACACUACCUGGCUUGUAUCUUUCCACAGCUGGGCAGUGUGCUCUACCACCUCUUCAUGAACCACGAGGGAGGCCCAGCCAUUUACCACACCUUGCUCACCCUUGACAUGUGUGGGGUAUGCAUGGUCAACACCUUGGGCGCUCUGCCAAUCAUCUAUUGCACGCUGGCCUGCGCCCCGUUUCCCCGUGCUAUUGCCCUGUUGUCCUACACAGCCCUUUCAACCUAUGCCAUCUUCUGCGCAGUGACUGCCCGCUCAAGUGUGCGGCGCCUGCGGUCCUUCGUCUGGCAGGCCCUCUUCCGCUUCUUCUUCUUCUACCUACGCUGGGUGGGACUGGGCAGUGGCCACCCUUCCUCUCUGCGUUCGUACCUCAUAAUGGAUGGCUUAGCCCUUCUUGGGGGCGUCAUCAACAUCUCUAGAGUGCCUGAGCGCUGGAAGCCGGGCCGCUUUGACUACUGGUUCAACAGCCAUCAGAUUAUGCACGUGCUGGUGGUGGUCAGCAUCCUCUAUCUCCACUGGGGUGUAGUGGCUGAUCUACAGUGGAUUGCCAACUAUGCCUGCCCGACAGAUUGACCACACUGUGGCCACUCCUUUCCACAGAAGAAUUCCACUGAUUGAGAAGUGGGAGGACUUCUGAGGUGUGGGCUGCAAGUUCAUCAUUCAAAGUCUUCUACAAGGGCUGAUGGACAUGGAAGGACAUGUAUAUGUCUUCUGGAUAGAACCUACUUGGGUUUUGUUCUUGGGGGCUGUAGUUUUCCAUUGGUUGAAUACUUGUGGAUCAACACCUGUAGGAUUUGGAUACUUCCAGUUAUACAACAAUGGAUUUCCAUUGGUUGAGGUGCUUCUAGAACAGCUUACGAAGUUCAGCUGUUCUUCCAAAUUACCACCAUGGUGAGACGGGGAAAGUGGACAAAAGUUCUUUGAUGGUUGACGUACAGUCUCCUAAGCUGUAGUUAAUUAUUGGCAUCAUAGAUACAAAGGUUCUUCAUGAACUUAAACCUCUUACGUCAACACUCUUUGGCUGUACACCUUUCCCCAUUACCACAGAUAGCGUUACGUUGGCUGUGGUGGUGGUUUAGGAAGAAUACCGUUGGACAUCCCUUUUUCUCCACCAGGUUUGGGGAUGAGAUAUGCACUUGGAAGAAGAGGGGGUUAGUAGAAGAUGCUUGUUUUUUGGGUACAGCUUCUCUGCUUUAUAGAGACAGUUAUUUAAUAGACUUUUUAUCCAGGUAUCUUUCAGACACCAUGCAAUACUUUUCUUAUUUUUUUAAAAGGGCUGGUUAGACACUGGGUAUCAAGGUCUGCUGCACUGAAUGGUAUGGAAGAUUUGUCUUUGGUGGUGGUGGUGGUGGGGUAAAAGCAUUGCUGCUAACCAGCUUACAGGGGAGGGUGCUCUGUAUGCAUUUUUUGUUCUGAAAUGACUUGAAGCACUGAACCAGCUUUCCCCUUCAUCCACAGGGGACAAUUAAAGGCCUUGAAAAAGGAAUAGGGGUGGAAGUUCAGGGGGCAGUGACCCCCCCAUAAGCUUCCAUUUCUGGCUGUUUUCACCAAACUGGGGACUGUGGCUUCCUUUGCAGCGUGCCUCAGCUUCCCACUUCCCUCCCGGUGGAGAGAUCUGGGGAGAAGGGGGUCAGCCCUGAAUGUAUCUGUUCUCGGGUUGAUCCUUUUAAUUUUUCCCCUCCUUCUUCCUCCCCCAGUUAUACAUCUACUGCAGCUGGUGCUUUCCAGAGCUUAGUUUAGCAUGCAUUUGAAGAGAGCAUUCCGUGCUCCACUUCCUAGUGGCUGCUGCUGCUGCCGUCACCACCACCACUGUAGUGACAGUGACCCUGUGAGGGAGCCACAAGCUACUACUGCUUUCCUCUCUUGUCCUUUCUUACGGGCCUUUAUGAGCCACAAGGCUACUUAAGCGUUCUUCCUUCAUUUGACCACCUGAAUUAGCCUGAUUGAUCGAUGUUGGAAGAGCGCAGCGGAGUUCUGUUUGCUUCAAUCUGAGUGGCACCACCAGUUUUGACUGUGAGUCUGAAGGGCGGAAGAGCCAAGAUUUUUGGGUCCCUGAUCAGCAACUAGAUUUCUAGGAGGGCGUUUUUGAGAACAUAGUCAUGAGUGGAAUUGCCAAGCCCCAAACAGCUUUCUAGCAAGUCCGGUUGCCAUAAACACCAAUUCCUUCCACACUCCUCUCUGACUGCUGGGUAGGGAAUGGUAAAUCAGGCAUUUCCUCCCCCCACCUGUCGGAGUUAAAUUUAUUAUUGGGGGAAGGGGGUAGCUGCUGACCCACAGUUUAGGUACUCUCUCUUAGUGCAAAUAAAAGCCAGUAGUAGAGAGAAGUCCAGUGGCACAUUUUUAUUCUAGCACUUCUGCACUGGACAGACUGAGCUCUUAUUUGCAGAAGCAUCGGCUAGAAUACAAAUGGCUAGUCUUUAAAGUACCACUGGAUUCCUCACUCAUGCUACAACUAUGAUAUAGAUCAUAGUUGUUUUUUCUUUAGUUGCCAUAAUGGUCUUCAAAACCUAGGCUUUAAAUGUGAGUUGCAGGGUGAAGUUGGGUUUAUUUUAUUUUUUUAAACUGUGGUCUCUUUGUCCUCUGGGUCUCUUGUUCAGCCCCAAAGGAAGGCACCUAAAUCAAGGCCAUGAACAUCAGCAUCCCGACCCAUACUUGGGGGCCAUUGUAAAUAAAGAUAAAAUAUUUUAACAUUUAAUUUAACAUAUAUAUUUUAACAGAUUACAAGAAGAUGGAAGAAGUUCUUUCCCAUCCAACUGGGAUUCUAUAUUUUGUAUGCAGUACCACCUUAAUCUGAAUCUUAUCUGUUUAAAGUGGCUGAGAAAACAGAGCAUGUAUGAACAUAGUUACAGCCUGUUUUGGAAAUUCAGAUAUCUAGUUUUCAUGUAGUCGGGCAAAUCAAACAGGAUUCUGGUCCGAUUCAGGGCCAAACCAGACAUGAUAAAUAGCUGGGCAUUUAUCUUUUCCCUGCUGUUGGGUGAGUACAAUCUUGAAGGCAGUUGGAGAGAAAAGGUUUACCUGUAUAUGUAUUCUUACAGGAGUGAAAAACAGCUUGGGAGUAGGGUAGGCAGGUUAUAGAAAAAUGGCCAGAGGGAAAGGUGUUAAAACAAUCCCUCCCCAUUUUUCUUUUUACACUCCGAGCUGCUUAAGGAUACUUUUCUUUUUUUAAAAGCAAGCAGCUGGGGAAGAACAGAUGCAACUGUGUCAUGUAUUCUUUUGGCCCUUAUCUUUGUAUCAAAUGGCUAAUCUGUUGGGGUUGGGGAAUUUUGGCAUUGCUGCAGACAAAAAUUGCUAAAAGCGAAUUUAAAAAGUCAGAUUUUUAAUGGGUCUUGGCAGGAACAAUUACCCUAAAGCAGGGUUAAGAGUUAAAGAUGCUUCCCUUGAGGAAAUAUGAAAUCUGGGUCUCCCAUUUGCCACAGGUUUUUUGCAAGCGGAGAAGACAGUUGGCGGCCUUAAGAGAGAAGCUCUGCAGUGAGGGGUGAGGACUGACUUAGGCCUCCCACAUUGGGGUAUGAAGCGUGUUUUCUGCUCUCCUAUUUUUGGGGCUGGGGUUUCACCUACUCCCAGCCUAGUCUUGUCUCUUGUUAUCUCAGGGUAAUCGGACAUAACUUAAUGUUCGCGGCUUCUGUGCUGAAGCUACAUAUCUCUUAAAAAUAAAAAGAGCAAGGCAACAAAUAAUUUUUAAAAAUGCACUCCGGGAAGGUGGGAGACGGGGAAACUGUAGCUGUUUAUGGUCCAGAACGCCCUGUUGGACAGGCAGCAGGUCUAGGCUUCUAAUAAAGAGAGAUGUCU